CAUUACAGCAGAGAACUGGUGGAGCGCUGAGGAGGGGUGUGAGCCAAGCUGGAGUUUAUCACAAUCUCCGGAGACUGAUGACCAAGGGGGUGGGGGGUUGGGGGGGUGUCCCACCCACACACAGUAGCAGACAUACUCCUCGCACACUGUGGGGGGAAGAGAUAUAAAAGGGAUCCCAGGGACAAAGAGUGGUCAGGCAAGUGUCCGAGCGGCCGUUCCUGUUCAUUUCCACACUGCUGUGCGUCACCGAGUGUGUUUUACGUCAGUGUGUGUGUGUGUGUGUGUGUGUGUGUGUGUGUGUGUGUGAGAGUGUGUGUGUGUGUGUGAGAAGAAGUGCACGUUGGUAUCAGAGAGAAACGUGCUCUCUCCACCACAAAGGAAUAAACUCUGACAGGUUGUUGGGGGUUUUUUUUUCUCCCAAAAGAUAACGAUUGGAUGGGGGGAGCUGAAGAGUUGCUGAAGCCUGGCUGUUCUUGAACCUGAAAACGGUGUUUGAUUUUCACGUUUUUUGGCUGAGUUGUUUACUCCUCUCCCUCUGAGUACGUUUUACUUCCACCACGGGGAGCCAAGAGGUGACUUUUUAACUGCUUGCAGAAGAAUUUAAACAGAAGCAAAGAUUUUCUCCCUCUGAGCUGCAGCAGUCCUAGGGGUAGUAACUUUGUAUUUUUAUUCUCGUUUUUUUGAUCAAUUAUUUGAUGUGCUGCGGCAGAAUGGACUCCUCAUUUUCGUCAGAUGUAGACAUCAAUAAGACCUUUGUGGAUGAGCACUUUUACUUUGAGGACAGUAUUGAUGGCUUUGGCAUCACCAUGGCCAUUCUCUACUUGGUGGUUUGCAUCCUGGGACUAGCUGGAAACUCCCUCGUCAUUGUUGCCAUUUUGAAAUUGGACAAAAUGUCAUCAUCCACAACUGUGUACAUUUUCAACCUGGCACUGGCUGACGGACUUUUCAUGGUUGGUCUUCCCUUCAUAGCAAGCCAGAACUUCCAGAAUCACUGGAUGUUUGGCGACAUGGCGUGCAAAGUGGUCAUGGUGCUGGACGGCAUCAACCAGUUCACCAGCGUCUUCUGUCUGACGGUGAUGAGUAUCGACCGCUACAUGGCACUGGCCAACCCGCUUCGGUUCGCCCGAUGGAGAACUCCCCGCUGUGCCAAGAUUGUUUCAGCAUUCCUCUGGCUGUUCUCGCUCCUCACCAUCCUUCCCAUGGCGCUUCACUUCUCAGCUGAUCGCGGACUGUGUAUACCAGAUCUUGUUUCGGAUGCCUGGUGGCUCGGCGUCUUGUCUUACACCUUCGUCAUGGGGUUUGCUUUGCCCUUCAUGGUCAUGACGGCUUCCUACAUGGCGCUGCUGCUCACCCUGAGGUCCCAGCGGCUCCGAGCGACGAUCCCGGCCCACGAGAGCCACCGGCUGGAGCGGCAGGUGACCAAAAUGGUGGUCGCAGUAGUGGUAGUGUUUGGGAUGUGCUGGCUGCCAUUUUACACCUUCAACUUCUGCUCCCUGUAUCAAACUGGCAUGGUCCUGACCUUCGCCAGAGGCUUCGAGUUUGUGGUCCUGCUGUCAUACUCGUGGAGCUGCGCUAACCCCAUCCUCUAUGGCUGCCUCUCCGACACCUUCAGGAGGCACUUCCGUACCCUCCUAUGCUCUGCCGCCAAAUCAUCUCCCAGCAUGCAGUGCAACACUGAACGGUAUGACUUAAAUGACACAGGUGGGCGGGAUGUAACCAUUCUGGCAUAAAGAGAAGAUGAAAAACAGACUCAAGACGUUACUGACAUGAUGCCUUCAUGCUACUUUUCAACUUCUUUAAAUGUAUUUACUCAUUGAUAGUUCGUAGCUAUGUGACAAAUUGAGAUUUAGUUUUGUAUUGUCUCCACUUAACCCGGAAUGUCUUAUUAUUUGCCUCCAAUCAUGAUGUUGUACAUAAUUUUCUAAGAUAUUCUUGUCCUAGCUGAUCGUAUGUUGGUCAUCAGUGUCUGAAAUGCACGCUUGCGUUGAUCACCCACUGUCUGAGUACUGACUGGGAAGCUUUCUGCCUAGCUGAAAUGUUUACCCCAUUUCCUCCGCGGGAAAGUUGCCUUUGUACUUUCCAAUCUUUCAGGAAGAGUUUCACAGAAUAAGAAUAGGCAAAAUGGAAGAAAAAUGCUCACCAAACAGCAUCAUUCAAUUUGACUUUCCUAAACAUUCUCUUUAUGUGACAAAUCCCCAAUCUUGAUAGAGUGCAGGCCCACCUCCUGCGCUGUCUGACUCAGACUUAUAAUAUUAUAGUAUAAUUUGUCUUCUAAUAAUUCAGACCACUGAGGAGACCUGCUCUACCGCAUCUCUUUUUAUACGGCAUUUCACCAGAACUAAUGAAAUGAGGUACAAGAGGGAUGAAGUGUGGACAGGUGGAGUGUAAACAGAAUAACAUGGGUCACAUGCCUGUGGCCAAGCAGCAGCACAAAGACACACACAGACAGCUCCUCCACUCCCACAGCUGGAUUAUGUCCUAGUGGCUUUCAUAAGUGUAAGAGGACAUCUGAUGUGUGUGUCAGUGCCUAGGUGGCCAUGUGCAGGCACCUGUACAUAUGCAUGUUGUCAACCAUGUGGGCCACAGGCUUACUGUGGCAUUCUGCUUUAUCCUGACUUACCUGAGAUACUUUUUAGGAAAGGAACAGUGAAGUAAAGGUACAAGGUGAACGCAUGGAUUUACUCUAUUUACUAUUCCUAUGAAGUGAGUGAAAAACAUACCAGCACUUGUCUUGUCUGAGUACCUUAAUCUCUUCCAAAAUUGCUCUAAAAUGGAUUUUUUUAUUUUGGCUGUGAAAACCUUGUUACUCUAAAAUGUCACCAGUUUAGUCAUUUAAAAAGCAGUCUUGAGUUUAACUUGAUCAAAAUGCAUUUUGACGUUAUCCAGUCUGAUGGAAAGGCUUUCAUCAAUUUCCGCAUAAAAACCUGAAAAUCACUGGAAUCUAAGAUAUGAUUUUCAUGGAAUAGCAGUUAGAUUCUUCUUUGUGAUGUUGCUUUGACUUUGAGACCCCAUUCCUCUCUGUAAAUGACAUGCAUUCUGCGAGAUUGGAUUUAAAUAACAGUGGGCAAAAACCCAUAUAAAUAAGGGAUAAACAUACCCAAGAAAGAUCAAGCAUCAUAUAUGCAAACACCCUUGUCUAAAGCGGAGAACAGAACAGACAUGUGCUGUCAGUUAUCAGUGAUGUAAAUAUGUAUAAAUAUGUAAAUGGUUCAUGUGAGUAACAUAAAUCUGAUGUUUAAAUGUGUCAGUUUAAUCCAAUUACACCAUAUCUCAACACAAAAAAACACAAGCCAGUUUUGUCGUGAGUUUUAUUGAGGCUGUAAAUCAAGACACGGGCCUGGGACUUCACACGCACACCACACACACACACACACACACACACACACACAUAUGUAUAAACUCUAUACGUGAGCAUGUCUCAGAUCCAUUGUUAUAUUGAAUGUACAUAAAUAUAGUUGCUUGUAUUCUUAUUUCUGUUAGCAUAUUUGAGUGCAAAGGAAUAAACCAAGCCCAUGUCACAUA